AAAUCCGCUCAGCUUCUGCAAUGGGGCCUGCCUGACACUUGGGCGCUCCUUCAGUCUCGAUGUUGAUGGCAGGACAAAGGGGCGCCUGGACCAUGGGUGACGUGGUUGAGAAGAGUUUGGAAGGGCCUCUGGCACCUUCUACAGAUGAGCCCUCCCAGAAAAGAGGAGACUUGGUGGAGAUCUUAAAUGGGGAAAAGGUCAAAUUUGACGACGCGGGACUCUCCUUAAUUCUUCAGAAUGGCCUGGAGACCCUGCGAAUGGAAAACGCUCUGACAGAUGUCAUCUUGUGUGUGGACAUUCAGGAAUUCUCCUGCCACCGCGUGGUACUUGCCGCGGCCAGCAACUAUUUCAGGGCCAUGUUCUGCAACGAUUUAAAGGAAAAGUAUGAGAAAAGGAUCAUUAUUAAAGGGGUUGAUGCUGAGACCAUGCACACUCUCCUGGACUACACGUACACCAGCAAGGCGCUGAUCACCAAGCAGAACGUCCAGCGGGUCCUGGAGGCUGCUAACCUCUUCCAGUUCCUGCGGAUGGUGGAUGCCUGUGCCAGCUUCCUCACUGAAGCCUUGAACCCAGAAAACUGUGUUGGAAUACUGAGGCUGGCCGACACACACUCACUGGACAGUCUAAAGAAGCAGGUUCAGAGUUACAUCAUUCAAAACUUUGUGCAGAUUCUGAACUCUGAGGAGUUCCUUGACCUGCCUGUGGACACUCUUCACCACAUCUUGAAGAGUGAUGACCUUUACGUGACCGAGGAGGCUCAGGUGUUUGAGACCGUGAUGAGCUGGGUCCGGCACAAGCCAUCAGAACGACUCUGCUUACUCCCCUAUGUCCUCGAGAACGUGCGCUUACCGCUUCUGGACCCGUGGUACUUUGUGGAGACGGUGGAAGCAGAUCCUCUCAUCAGGCAGUGCCCAGAGGUCUUCCCGCUGCUCCAGGAAGCCAGGAUGUACCACCUUUCUGGCAAUGAGAUCAUUUCGGAGCGCACCAAGCCCAGGAUGCAUGAGUUCCAGUCUGAGGUGUUCAUGAUCAUCGGCGGCUGCACGAAGGAUGAACGGUUUGUGGCAGAGGUGACCUGCCUGGACCCCCUGAGGCGCAGCCGCCUGGAGGUGGCCAAGCUCCCGCUAACGGAGCAUGAGCUGGAGAGUGAGAAUAAGAAGUGGGUGGAGUUUGCAUGCGUGACAUUGAAAAAUGAGGUCUACAUCUCAGGUGGCAAAGAAACACAGCAUGAUGUUUGGAAAUAUAAUUCUUCGAUCAACAAGUGGAUUCAGAUUGAGUAUUUAAACAUAGGCCGCUGGAGGCAUAAGAUGGUGGUAUUGGGUGGCAAGGUUUAUGUUAUUGGAGGCUUCGACGGCUUACAGAGAAUCAACAACGUGGAGACCUACGACCCCUUUCACAACUGCUGGUCAGAGGCUGCACCCCUCCUUGUCCAUGUCAGUUCCUUUGCAGCCACCAGCCAUAAGAAGAAGCUCUAUGUGAUUGGAGGAGGGCCCAAUGGGAAACUGGCCACAGACAAGACUCAGUGUUAUGACCCUUCCACCAACAAGUGGAGUUUGAAGGCGGCCAUGCCGGUGGAGGCCAAAUGCAUCAAUGCAGUGAGUUUCCGGGACCGCAUCUAUGUCGUUGGUGGGGCCAUGAGGGCGCUGUAUGCCUACAGCCCCCUGGAAGACAGCUGGUGCCUGGUGACCCAGCUCAGCCACGAGCGGGCCAGCUGCGGAAUCGCACCCUGCAACAACCGGCUCUACAUCACCGGCGGGCGGGACGAGAAGAACGAGGUUAUCGCCACGGUGCUGUGCUGGGACCCCGAGGCCCAGAAACUGACAGAGGAGUGUGUCCUGCCCCGGGGUGUGUCGCACCACGGCAGUGUCACCAUCAGGAAGUCGUACACGCACAUCCGCAGGAUCGUGCCUGGAGCAGUGUCUGUCUGACAGCAGGAUGGGGAGCUGGAGAGCCCCCCCGAUCCUCAGCGUGCCUGCCUCACCUCUCACCCUCCUCCAGCCCCACUUCAGGCUGCAGGCUCGAGUUUGAGGCCAUGCGUCAGGGGAUCCCCUUGACUCACUUUGGGAGAACCUUGGAAGUCACAAUUUGGGGUCACUUGAGACUGGCCAGGAAUGUUUCAUGACCUACCUCAGGAGGGGAGGUGAGGAAGAGUAAUAUUUAGUAUUCAGGACCCACCCACCCUAUGCUGGCUUCUGUGCCAGGCACUUCCUUGUAUGGGUUCAUUUAACCUGGUGAGUGGCUCUUAUCACUUCUAGUUUACAGGUGAGGGAACAGAGUUUCACAGAGGCUAAGUGGCAUGCCCCUGAUCACUCAGAUAGCAAGUAGCUACCCCAGGAGUCUAAAACCCAGGUCUUUCAGCUCCGAAGUCAAUGCUCCUUCCACCACGCUGCGUAUCUCAGGCAGGAAAAACAAACAAAAAACCAAAAACAAAACCUGGCUCAUGCCAGGCGUGGUGGCUCACGCCUGUAAUCCCACACUAUGGGAGGCCAAGGCGGGUGGAUGACCUGAGGUCAGGAGUUCGAGACCAGCCUGGCCAACAUGGUGAGACCCCCCGUCUCUACUGAAAAUACAAAAUUAGCCUGGUGCAGUGGCAGGCGCCUGUAAUUCCAGCUACUCAGGAGGCUGAGGCAGGAGGAUCACCUGAACUUGGGAGGUGGAGGUUGCAGUGAGCCGAGAUCGUGACACUGCACUGCAGCCCAGGCAACAAAAGUGAAACUCUAUCUCAAAAACAAAAACAAAAACAAAGACAAAAAAACUUGGCUCACUUCUUGUUUCGGCAAGUCUGCUAAAAGAUUCACUCAGCACGGCAGGGAAAUAAAGGUUUCCUGUUUUCUUUCCUUUUCUUUUUUAUUCUGCAUCCUCCCUCAUCCCCACCCUUUACCAAAAUUUAAACCAAGGAGUCAUUUGGGCUCCUUGCCAAGAAUAUCUCAUAGGUUCUUCCACUUGAAAGGUCUGGGGGAUGGGUUUGGGAAGGCCUGUUUGCUUUGAAAGAGAUGAAAGAUGAAAUACUUGUGUUCUGUCUUUUUUUUUUUUUUUUUGAGAUGAAGUCGCCCAGGCUGGAGUGCAAUGGCAUGAUCUUGGCUCACUACAACCUCUGUCGCCCUGGUUCAAGUGAUUCUCCUGCCUCAGCCUCCUGAGUAGCUGGGAUUACAGGCACCUGCCACCACACCCAGCUAAUUUUUGUAGUUUUAGUAGAGACGGGGUUUCACCAUCUUGGCCAAGCUGGUCUUGAACGCCUGACCUUGUGAUCCGCCCUCCUCGGCCUCCCAAAGUGUGGGGAUUACAGGCGUGAGCCAUGGAACCGGCCUUUUUUUUUUUUUAAUGAUCAUAAGAUGGCCCAUUUUGGACCAGAACUGUCAUUACCAGACAGAAUUGUACCUUUAGCACAGUCUGGUGCCCUGGCCUCUUAGUGUUCAUCAGUUGUACUGCAAUUUAGAAAAGAUGUUUCUAGAGACUUAAACUACUGUUUUAUUUAAAAAAGUAAACACCUGAACACAGCUGGCCUCCACAGGAACGACAGAUUCUCCUUGAUGGUACACUUUCUAGUUUUUGGACAGUGAUUUAGGUCCACCUUCCUGAUACCCCAUCCUCCUGAAGCCUUCGUUUUCAGGACUUUUAAAAAGCACUUCUAGUUGUUUUUUUGAUCAGUGUAGCUCAAUUGUGACUUAAAGAACAGAAUCUGUCCUUCACUGUAAGAGCUAGAGCUUUCAAAUGAGCUCACUGGAAAUUCAUUGUAAUCCCCAAGCUGGAGAAACAGGUUAAGAGAUCCUGUUUCAUACGCUGUAUUUAAAAAGCAACAAUGAUAACAACAUAGUAACUGCAUUACCCAAUGGACUUUAUUUUCAUCAUAUGAUUUCAAUUCUCUUUAUAGAGUUUUAUUUCA